AUAGUCGACUGUCAAAAGAAUAGAGUAUUAUUUUUCGAUAAUCAUAAACUUUCUCUCCCGUAAAGAUCAUCACAAAAACGUAAAUUUGUUAGAAAAAUCUUCUAAUACUGGAGUGGGAAAAACGUUCAUGAUCCACCGUACAUAGUAAGAAGUGCAAAUGAUAGGAAAAAUGCUUCGAUAGUGAUUCAAGACUGCUAAACAUAUUAUCGCGAGAAUCAAGGUUCCAUCCAUUUUGGGAGACAGAGCAACCAUUGAAUUAGACCAGCUGAUGUUAAAAAGUCAAUAUGUCUAAAACGAUAAAACAUCCCGCAGCCGGAACUCGCCCUAGCUGCUAUAUUCCUUCCCGGUUGGAGGAUAGGCGUACGAAGGCACGUAUUCUUCGCCAGGAGCGACGGAGAAAGCCUGACAAACCGGAUGAUUUUGUGACAUACGAAGAUAGUGAUAGCGAGGAGGAAACUCCGGCGCAGCAGCAUCAAGUCCUCAGCACUUCGUUCAAUUUUGUAGACUAUGUACGCAGCAGAGAGUCUGAUUUGAACGAGCAAAGAAGCGUAGAUCCAUCUUAUGCAAGCCGGCACAUACUGACGCACGAUAUGUUCAAGGAGACUCCAAUUUCAUUGGGGAACAUCAAUAAGGUUUUCUGUUCCCAAUGGCUCAGUAAUCGACAAGUAGUAUUCGGAACAAAAUGUAACAAGUUAAUGGUGUACGAUGUGAAUACCCGCAAGGUGGACGCAAUCCCUACGUUGCCGAAUAGUCGCGGUGUUAGCCCGGAUACCCAGUCUGGUAUUCACGCGUGCCAGCUUAACCCGAGCCAUAGCUUGCUGGCAACUGGGGCGCGACACUCGGCCGAUAUUGCUAUAUAUCGACUUCCGACCCUAGAUCCACUAUGUAUAGGAGAGAAUGCUCACCGAGACUGGGUUUUUGAUAUGUGUUGGCUGGAUGAUCACUUUCUCGUAUCGGGUUCACGCGAUACCAAGCUUGCUUUGUGGAGAAUCAACGAAGAAACGAUGGAAUUUCCGGUAGCUAAAGAAGGUGAAGAACAGGAAGCGGUUCCGUCAUAUGCCCACGUUAAUCCCAUCGCCGUGAAGGAGUGUCGUGGUGCGCAAAAAAUACGUGCGAUCUGCUUCAACAGAGAGUACCGGGAACUGGCCCUACUCUCACUCAAUGGGUACAUGCAUCUGUUUAACGCGGAGACGUUUGCACAGAAAUUGUCCCGAAAAUUGCCAAAUUGCCAGGAAAAUGUGUGCAUCGCUUGUCAGCCGGAAGGACUUUAUGCUGUCGGUUGUCGAUCCUACACGUUACUGUUGGAUCCCAGAACCUUACAGGCCGUGAAAAAAAUCGCUUCUCGCUAUAGCGGCUGCGGUAUUCGAUCAGCAAGCUUCCAGGGUAAUAUAUUGACUAUCGGCACUGGACUCGGCAUGUUAAUGUUUUACGACAUCCGUGCUGGAAAGUAUCUCGAAUCGCAAACCAGCGCAUCGCGAACGGUUGUAUUGAAGGCCAGUCGAGGCUAUGUAGCACAAUUUCCCGAGGAAGAGAUGGACAACUUUCAGCAGAUUAAGUACGUUCCAGCUAUUUACACGCACUGUUACGACAGCAGUGGCACCAGACUGUUCACAGCGGGAGGACCCCUUCCAGCGACACUCAUAGGUAACUAUGCGGGAAUUUGGCAAUAAGCGAAGUAAACACUAUUAGAAAAUAGCAGCAGAACCUUGUAGGACAAUGGUAUAAUGUAAUUUAUUUUAUUAACACUUACAUCAGGAAAGCCCAACCAACGUUAACGAACAAUCUGCGUGGGUUUAAUUGACAAAAAUAUGGGUCUCAUAGUUAGUGACGUAGUUUUAAUAAUUAUUCAGUGAACGCGGUUAUACUUAAAUUAGGUUCAUUGACACUACGUUUAGAAUAGAAUGAUAGAAUGGAUCAAUUUCUAUUAAAUUUCAGUGAAAAAAUACCAGGAAGUAAAAAUUGGCGGCACCAAUCACAAAUUAUCUUUGGAAAGUUUUACUUGAGUGCAUGAUUAAUAGUUUUUGCUUUAUUAACGAAUUUCGGUCUAUAUUUUUGUCAAUUGAACAUAACUGAGCAAGCUAGCAGAUUCCAUUUCACAAUACUUUAAAAGCCUUACCAUGGUUGAUUUUAUUACAAAUGGAUAACGAGAAUCCAAUAUGCGAACAAGUAAGAAACUUUAGAAAUGUAAUACUGAAAAAAAGAAAAAACCGAAAAAAUCAUGAACAAAGACUAUCCACUCAUUUUAAAAUCUAGCAACGAUAAGGUGAGAAAUUAGAGAAAAAAAAUGAAAGGUCAAAUGGUUGAAUUUAGACACUCCCCUGGAACUAAAUAAAAAUGGAUGGCAUGAUUUUAGUUAAUUGAACGGUUUUACUUUACGUGGAAGGAACAACAAAUGGAACAAUCCUUCGUUCUUCAGUGUUUCAAAUUAUUAUUUUAUUUUGACUACUGAAAUGUAGGUUGGAUCUUUUUUUUCUGCAAAAAGAAUGUGAAGAAAGGGCGUAAUUCCAAUAUGCUAGGGUAUAGCAAAUAAUUGUGGAUGAAAACAUUUUUGAAAAGAAAAUAUGAAAACCAUAACGAUUCAAGAUUGCUUGCA